UCCUCACGAGGCGAUGCUUUCUUGUUGCCUAAGAAGCGAUCCUUUGGAUACGACGUGCCUUGUGCAUUGGGACGGAGUGUAGGCAACACGGCGGUGUAUCGGAGCGUUCAAGCCUUGAACGGUGAAUGUAGAGGAACUGUUAAAAAUAUUGCAGAAUUGCCUUCACGAAAUAAACACGAUGAAGGUCGCGUUACUCGUCCUCACCACUGUCAGCGCAUGCGCAGCAAGAAAUUUUACGGGACUGCGAGCUGCCAGUAACUGCCUUGGCCUUCGCCUUCUGUCCGUCCUACCUCGAUCCCCGGCACCAAACGUGUUUUAUUCUCCGUAUAGUUUGUCCGCCGCCAUGGGAAUGGUCUACGCUGUAUCAAGGGGAACGACGCAGGAGGAACUUUACAAUACCCUCGGCUACAGGUCGGCCCAGAUCCCGAAGGACCGUGUGCUUGAAGAGCACACAACCUACUCCAAAAACGUACUGGCGCCUUCAAACUCGACUGUGAGCACUGCAAACGCGGUAGUAAUUAGCGAAAGCCUUCAGUGCUUCGGUGCCUAUGUGGAUACCUUGAAAAGAGCGUUCGACGCCCGCGUGCUGUGCAUUGACUUCGAUAAGAACGGAAGCACAGUCGUCGAUCGUAUCAACCGAUGGGUCUCCCAUCAAACUCGAGGCAACAUUAAGAACCUGCUGAAAAGUCCUUUCCCGCGUAGUUCUAAACUGGUGCUUUUGAACAUCAUCUACUUCAGGGGCAUUUGGCAGACCCAAUUCAAGAAGUCGGAGACAAUGAAAUUGCCGUUCUUCAACGAUGGAAAGACGCCGGUGCGGGCGGAGACGAUGUGCGGUCGGUUUAACACCUCUCACGGAUAUUCCGAGAAACUUUCAUCCGCGAUUCUGGAUUUGCCUUUUCAAGGCAGAGACUACAGCAUGACAAUUAUUCUGCCUUCGCACAGAACGGGUGUCAAGAAACUGAGGCGUCUUUCGCUGGGCUCCCUUCAAGCUGCGCUGAAGAUCAUGGUCAGAAGAGUUGUCAAGGUUUACCUUCCAAGGUUCAAGUUCGAGACCAAGUACUUGUUAAGCGGGGCGCUAGCAAAACUCGGCCUGCGGAGGAUCUUCGACCCGCGUAGAGCCGACCUGUCGGGCAUCACCGGGGGCCGCAGACGUCGCCUGCACGUGGACGAAGUGGUGCACCGAGCGGUGAUCCGGGUGGACGAAAGCGGAGGCACGGCGGCCGCAGCCACCGCCACGAUGCUGCGCAAGUCUCACUCGAUCGUGCGCGUGUUCCGGGCGCACCACCCGUUUCUCUUCCUCAUUCGAAAGAGAAACGACAACAGCAUCCUCUUUGUCGGAGAAGUCAACAGGUUGUGAACGGCCGAAGCACCUGAGAGCACCGAGGAUCUGCCUUCGCCAUUGCCUCACCGACGCUGUGAAACGCAGUGAGAGGCUGCCGGUCAACCCUUAACCAGAACCGACUGUGUUCCCCAGAUAAAGAAAAAGGGCUAAUCCGUUCCUGGCCUGUUCGUAUGGGCCGCUAAUACCUCAGUGAUUCCCAUCGUUCAACCGGUAUCCCUGUAGUAAUGCUGCAACGGGGGAUAGCUGGAGAGAAAUCACGGCUAAAAAGCUCUGCUUAGAUGGAACAAAGGACUGGUCAGGAAUAGAAAGACAACGUGAAGGGGCGAAGUCGCAACUGGGUUAUUUAUUCGUAACAUCAUGUGCUUUAUGUACAGUUCUAAAAAACAACAUAUACCAGAAGAAACAGGCUGCAAAAGAAAAGAAACAUGCGAAUAGAGUCAGACAACUUACUUCCUUCUUAACAUGUCUGCGUAAGUAAUUUACGCUUUUUUUGCUAGCGCACGCAGUUCAUAAAUUAUAUAUAUAUUCUUCAACAGAGAAAUUGUUGACAAUUGCUCUGUUGUGUACAUAUCACGCUUACAGAUCUAUCAGUGACAUGCAUCUAAAACACCUCGUUAAUUCCUCUUUCCGUCUGGUCAGUCGAUCGCGGGAUAACCUUUGUAUGGCAUGCUGUACUGCAUGGAAUUGCCGUUGCCGAGUGUAACAGAUUGGAAGCCUUUUGACCCAUCAUUAUCCGUACUGAGCAUUUUAGCGUGAAGCGCCCCCCUUUAUGCAGAAAUUACGAAGCUGGGAUAAACAUUUUCUAUUCAUCUCCAAAAAGAUAUAUCUUCAAGCUGUAUAGUUCGGGAUAUUCCUUCCUUUCGGAUUUUCUUUGCAAGACGUGGAAGUUAAGAGUGACAAAAAUAAAUGUGCAGCAUCGCUGA